AUGGCCCCGUGGCCCGCAGCUCCGCCGCCGCCGCCGCCGCCGCCGCCGCUGGCCGCGCCGCCGCCGCCGCCCGGCGCCUCGGCUAAGGGGCCGCCGGCGCGCAAGCUGCUCUUCAUGUGCACCUUGUCCCUGUCCGUCACCUACCUGUGCUACAGCCUCCUGGGCGGCUCGGGCUCCCUGCAGUUCCCCCUGGCGCUGCAGGAGCCGCCGGGCGCCGCCGCCGAGCCCCCGCCGAGCCCGCCGCCACCCUCGCGGCCGCCUCCCCCCGCGCGCCCGGGCGCCCCCUCGCCGCCGCCGCCGCCGCCGGACAACGCGAGCCGGGGGGAGCCGCCCGAGCCCCCCGCCGCCCCCGCGAACGAAGGCUGGGGGCUGGCGAGCGGCGGCGGCGGCGGCGGCGGCGGCGGCGCCCGGGACUCUUGGCUCCGGACCCCGCUGGCGCCCGGCGCGAUGGUGACGGCGCCCAGCGCGCUGCUGGACAGGGACGCGCCCGAGUCCAGCACCGCCGACGAGGAGCUCGCAGGCCGGAGGGCGGCCAACGCCAGCGGCGAGAGGGGCGGCGCCGCCAGCACCCCCGACUACGGGGAGAAGAAGCUGCCCCAGGCGCUCAUCAUCGGGGUCAAGAAAGGCGGGACCCGCGCGCUGCUCGAGGCGAUCCGCGUCCACCCGGACGUGCGGGCGGUGGGCGUUGAGCCGCACUUCUUCGACAGGAACUACGAGAAGGGGCUCGAGUGGUACAGAAAUGUGAUGCCCAAGACUGUGGAUGGGCAGAUAACCAUGGAGAAGACCCCCAGUUACUUUGUGACCAAUGAGGCUCCGAAGCGCAUCCACUCCAUGGCCAAGGACAUCAAACUGAUCGUGGUGGUGCGGAACCCUGUGACCAGGGCCAUCUCUGACUACACCCAGACUCUGUCGAAGAAGCCUGAGAUCCCCACCUUCGAAGUGCUGGCCUUCAAAAAUCGGACCCUGGGGCUCAUCGAUGCCUCGUGGAGUGCCAUUCGGAUAGGGAUCUACGCCCUGCACCUGGAGAACUGGCUCCAGUACUUCCCCCUCUCCCAGAUCCUCUUCGUCAGCGGCGAGAGACUCAUUGUGGAUCCCGCGGGGGAAAUGGCCAAAGUCCAGGACUUUCUCGGCCUGAAGCGGGUGGUGACUGAGAAACAUUUCUAUUUCAACAAAACCAAGGGAUUCCCUUGCCUCAAGAAGCCAGAAGACAGCGGUGCCCCGAGGUGCUUGGGCAAGAGCAAAGGCCGGACUCAUCCCCGCAUUGACCCGGAUGUGAUCCACAGACUGCGGAAAUUCUACAAACCCUUCAACAUGAUGUUUUACCAAAUGACUGGUCAAGAUUUCCAGUGGGAACAGGAAGAGGGUGACAAAUGAGGCUGGCGCGGUGGUGGGAAGGCAAGGGCUUAUCGCUCCUUAACUGAGUCCCGAAUCCCCCAGGUUUUGCUGCCGCAGCCUUGUUGGAAGGAAGGGCACGUCGAUCUCUUCCUUUGACCGGUCAGGAUGGUUUCCAAUCCUAUUGACCGAGGCAAAGGGAUGGAUCCCAGGGCACUCCUCAUAGAGGAACCGGGCCGGCCUGGGCAGAAGCACCUGGUUAACCAGACGGCUACCCAGGACCACUAGUAAACUCUGUCUUCUACUAGUUAAUAGUCUGAAGACAGGAGAAAGAGCUAUCUGGGUCAGAGACAGUGCCAUCCAUGUGUCAGUGAUAAGACCGGAAAGGAAGGUCUACUUUCAGGGAGCUCUCACCUUAGGAAGCCUGACCUCUAGCCCUCUAGCUGAAAAGGUCCUUGCUGUAUAAAUCUGUACUUCGGCCUCUCUCCAGAAUGCUAAUUGUGGCUGAGCGCUCCAGGACUCCUGGGGAGCCAGGUUCUCCCUCUGUGGGGCCUCUAGCCUUGACCUUAACAAUCUCAUCCUACAACUCUUUGGCUUCCUCCCAUCUCAUCUUACGAAGGCAGAGGCAUGCACGUUCCCUACCAAAAAAAAAAAAAUUAAAAAGAAAAUCGGACACCCCUGAAAGCCUUCUUUCGAAGGGUCCUCAAAGGAGGGUUGGAUCUCUCUCUUCAUGAGUACUGUGGGUGGUGGCAGAGCUUAACUUCUACCCCUGUGUGAGAGUCAGCAGCCCCCACUGCUGAUCUCCAAGCUGAGUUCCGAGGUUGGUAGAGGAAUGGCAUAGCUAAGGCGGAAAAACCAGAAGCCCAUGGCCUUCACGGGCAGCCUCCCUGUCUCCAAAAUCUCUCUCCCCACGUUGCAAAAUGGUUGUGAGACGUGCUUUGGGGCAGGGGUUCUGUGGAGUACCCCGAGGGGCAAGGACCAGAAAAUUGGCAUGUCUUGUGUUCAAAGUAAUCCUUAGCAAUGCAACCAAGUGCGGGUCUGUCACCCUUUCUCCAUUUGCACCCUGGCCCCCCUCAUGGUCAGAUCAUGCUUUAUUCCCUCAAUUCAAAGACGGCACCUCUGGGGCAGUGGCAAGAGAGCUGGCGACAUUUGUCAGAUCCAGUUUUGGGGGUGGGGUUAGGGUAUGGGUUGUAUGCGGACACCCCCUUCAAGGGCUGUUGAGUCAAGUGCCCCUUCCCGUUCACUUGAUUGGAUUAAAAUGCACCAUUUGACAUGAAGCACUUGUUCACAAAUCUCCCAAACCAGGAAUUGUUCUAGAAAAUUGGAAAUAUGUAUGAGUCGGGGGAGUUAAAUCUGUUCAGCUGUUAUUAAACUGUCAUUUCUCCCGCUAAAUGAAAACUGUGUUGUUAUAAAGCUUAAUGCAACCUCAGCGAUGGGUUUCA